AUGAGAGGCAGUCGCCAUGAGGAGGAUGGAGGAAACUUGAACCAAGAAGUCCUGAUCGAGUUGAGAGAUAUGAGGGCUUUAAUUAAUAACUCACGAAGAGGUGGAAGAGUACAGUUAGCAGAAGCAAUAGAGGAAGCAGCUAAAUCGCCAUUCACCUAUGAGAUCAUGCAUACAGACAUCCCGGAGAAAUGCGUAUUACCGAUGCUUGCAAGCAUAUUCAGUGGAUCGGAAAGUGCAGUGCAACACUUGAAACAAUAUACCUUUUCGUUGAUGCAAUGGAUCCGAAAUGACGCAGUACUUUGUCGAUAUUUCCUCGCGAGCUUAACAGGGGAGGCCUUAUCCUGGUUUGAUGGACUCCCGGAAAAGUCAAUAUCAUCAUUCAAAGAUUUGCAGAGUAUAUUCUUGACGACGUACAUAAGUAACAACUUGUUGAGACCAGGGAUAAAGACACUGUUCAACUUGAGGAGAAGGCCAACAGAAAGCUUGCGGGGGUUGGUCACGAGAUGGAGAAUAGUGUGCAGCGAGUUAGCCGGGAGAGUUGAUGAACGAAACUUCAUCUUAACCUUCGUGAAUGCUUUGAUCCCAACGGACCUGUUGUACACACAUAUAUUCAUUUUUCGAAACUCGAUAACGAUGAAUGAGAUGAGGGAGUACCAGGAGGAAUACAUAGCGUUGGAGGAAAAGCAGAGGCAGGUCAGCUAA